CCAGCAACCACGCGGCGGGGUGCGCCGCGAAGGGAGCUGGUUGUUUUAGUCUCGGGGCACCCGCUGCGGGCUCUUAUUGUUCCGGACGCUGAACACAGAGAGCACCCCGGGCUCCGGGGCCUCCCGAGAACGCUGCCCCACGAACGCACGGGGAGCGGCCCCCGGCGUCCGCGCGUACCCGGCAACUCCCGGCGUCCCAACGGCUUCCAGCUGGCAACCCCGAAGCCGCACCAUGUUCCGCCUCUGGUUGCUGCUGGCCCGGCUCUGCGGCCUCCUGGCGUCAAGACGCGGUUUUCAAAAUUCACUUCUACAAAUCGUAAUUCCAGAGAAAAUCCAAACAAAUACAAGUGACAGUUCAGAAAUAGAAUACGAACAAAUAUCCUAUAUUAUUCCAAUAGAUGAGAAACCGUACACUGUGCACCUUAAACAGAGAUAUUUUUUAGCAGAUAAUUUUAUGAUUUAUUUGUACGAUCAAGGAUCCAUGAAUGCUCGUUCUUCAGAUAUUCAGACUCAAUGCUACUAUCAAGGAAAUAUUGAAGGAUAUCCAGAUUCCAUGGUCACACUCAGCACGUGCUCUGGACUGAGAGGAAUACUGCAAUUUGAAAAUGUUUCUUAUGCAAUUGAGCCUCUGGAAUCUGCAGUUGAAUUUCAGCAUGUUCUUUACAAAUUAGACAAUGAAGACAAUGAUAUUGCAAUUUUUAGUGAAAAUAACAGAAGCCUGGAAGAACACCCAAUGGAUGACAACAUUUCUAUAAGUGAACAAUCAGAACCAGCUGUUCCAGAUUUAUUUCCUCUUUAUCUAGAAAUGCAUAUCGUGGUGGACAAAGCUUUGUAUGAUUACUGGGGCUCUGAUAGCAUGGUAGUGACAAAUAAAGUCAUUGAAAUUGUUGGCCUUGCAAAUUCAAUGUUUGCCCAAUUUAAAGUUACUAUUGUGCUGUCAUCAUUGGAGGUUUGGUCAGAUGAAAAUAAGAUUUCUACAGUUGGUGAGGCAGAUGAAUUAUUGAAAAGAUUUUUAGAAUGGAAACAAUCUUAUCUUAACCUAAGGCCUCAUGAUAUUGCAUAUCUACUAAUUUAUAGGGAUUAUCCUGAUUAUGUGGGAGCAACGUUUCCUGGAAAGAUGUGUAUUACUCGUUAUUCUGCAGGAGUUGCACUGUACCCCAAGGAGAUAACUCUGGAGGCAUUUUCAGUUAUUGUCACCCAGAUGCUGGCACUCAGUCUGGGAAUAUCAUAUGAUGAUCCAAAGAAAUGUCGAUGUUCAGAAUCCAUCUGCAUAAUGAAUCCAGAAGCUUUGCAAUCCAAUGGUGUGAAGACUUUUAGCAGUUGCAGUUUGAGGAGCUUUCAAAAUUUCAUUUCAAAUGUGGGUGCCAAAUGUCUUCAGAAUAAGCCACAAAUGCAAGGAAAAUCUCCAAAACCAGUCUGUGGCAAUGGCAGAUUGGAGGGAAGUGAAAUGUGUGAUUGUGGUACUGAAGCUCAAUGUGGACCUGCAAGCUGCUGUGACUUUCGAACUUGUGUGCUGAAAGACGGAGCACAAUGUUAUAGAGGAUCAUGCUGCAGAGACUGUCAAAUUUUACAAUCAGGUGUUGAAUGUAGGCCGAAAGCACAUCCUGAAUGUGACAUUGCUGAAAAUUGUAAUGGAAGCUCACCAGAGUGUGGUCCUGACAUAACUUUAUUCAAUGGACUUCCAUGCAAAAAUAGCAAGUUUAUUUGUUAUGAUGGAGACUGCCAUGAUCUUGAUGCACGUUGUGAGAGUGUAUUUGGAAAAGGUUCAAGAAAUGCUCCAUUUGCCUGCUAUGAAGAAAUACAAUCUCAAGCAGACAGAUUUGGGAACUGUGGCAGGGAUAGAAAUAACAAAUAUGUGUUCUGUGGAUGGAGGAAUCUUAUAUGUGGAAGAUUAGUUUGUACCUACCCUACUCGAAAGCCUUUCCAUCAAGAAAAUGGUGAUGUGAUUUAUGCUUUCGUACGAGAUUCUGUGUGCGUAACUGUAGACUACAAAUUGCCUCGAACAGUUCCAGAUCCACUGACUGUCAAAAAUGGCUCUCAGUGUGAUGUUGGGAGGGUUUGUGUAAAUCGUCAAUGUGUAGAAUCCAGGAAAAUUAAGGCUACAGCACUUGUUUGUUCUGAAUAUACUUGUUCUGGACAUGGAGUGUGUGAUUCCAGACAAAAGUGCGUUUGUUCACCAGGCUAUAAUCCUCCAAGCUGCCAAACACGUUCCAAAGGUUUUCCCAUAUUUCCUAAGGAAGACAUGGAUUCUAUCAUGGAAAGAGCAUCUGGGAAGACUGAAAACACCUGGCUUCUAGGUUUCUCCGUUGUUCUUCCUAUUCUCAUUGUAACAACUAUAGUAGUUUUGGCAAGGAAGCAUUUGAAAAAGUGGUUCAUCAAGGAAGAGGAAUUCCCAAGUAGCGAAUCUAAAUCGGAAGGUAGCACUCAGACAUAUGCCAGCCAAUCCAUCUCAGAAGGCAGCACUCAGACAUAUGCCAGCCGAACCAGAUCAGAAAGCAGCGGUCAAGCUGAUACUAGCAAAUCCAAAUCAGAAGAUAGUACCCAAGCCUAUACUAGCAGAUCCAAAUCACAGGAAAGUACCCAAACACAAAGCAGUAGUAACUAGUGGUUCCUUCAGAAGGCAACGGAUAACAUCGAGAGUCUCGCUAAGAAAUGAAAAUUCUGUCGUUCCUUCCGUGGUCACAGCUGAAAGAAACAAUAAAUUGAGUGUGGAUCAAUUUGCA